AAUGUUAUUUAAAAUUAAUAAUUAUUUAUUACAAACAAAAUUAAAAAAAAAUACAAAUUUAUUUAUUCAACAAAUAGCUAAAAUGAAUACUUAUUUAAUUAAUUCUGAUAAAUAUUUGUUUUUAAAAGAAUUGGGAAUUUCUGAAUUAAAUUUUGGUGUUUUUGAUGGAAAUAAAUGGAUAUCUAAUGGAAAAAUUAUUGACAUUUUAUGUCCUUCAACAAACACACCAAUUGCUAAAGUACAAUUAGCCUCUGAAGAAGAUUAUCAACGUACUUUAAAAUAUUCUCGAGAAUCUAUCAAAAUUUGGCAAAAUCUACCAGCCCCCGCCAGAGGGGAAAUUGUCAGACAAAUUGGGGAUUCUUUGAGAAAACAAUGUGAAAACCUUGGAAAAUUGAUUUCAUUGGAAAUGGGAAAAAUUUUGUCAGAAGGAAAGGGGGAAAUACAGGAAAUUAUUGAUAUUGCUGAUUUUGCUACAGGAUUGUCUAGAAUGUUUAGUGGAAGUAUUAUACCUUCAGAAAGAAAAGAACACGUUUUGUUGGAACAAUGGAAUCCUCUCGGAAUUGUUGGGGUAAUUACUGCUUUUAAUUUCCCUGCAGCUGUUUAUGGUUGGAAUGCUGCUUUAGCUUUGACUUGUGGCAAUUGUUUAAUUUGGAAACCAGCCCCAACAACUUCUUUAACCGCAAUUGCUGUUACUCGUUUAAUUGAAAGUGUGUUAAAAGACAACAAUCUUCCCCCAUCCAUUUGUUCUUUAAUUUGUGGAGGAAGUGAUGUUGGAUUAUUGUUAACAAAGGAUCCAAAAGUGGAUUUAGUUUCGUUUACGGGCUCUACAGAAGUUGGCCGUAUUGUUGGUCAACAAGUACAAGCACGCUUUGGAAAAUUACUUCUUGAACUUGGAGGGAAUAAUGCAGUUAUUGUGAUGGAAGAUGCUAAUUUAGAUUUGGUUGUGCCUGCAGUUACUUUUUCUUGUGUUGGGACUACAGGCAAAUAA